UCAUGCUGGUGUUUGCGACAGCUCUGCGCGUACACACGGCAGUAUGACGGAACACGGCAGUGUGAAGAUGGCGGAAGAAGAGCAGAAUGCCAGUGCAGAGAAACUCAAGGAGAAGGCGAAUAACUACUUUAAAGAUAAAGACUAUGAGAACGCCAUCAAGUAUUACACGGAGGCUCUGGAGCUGAACCCGAGCAAUGCCGUCUACUACAGUAACAGGAGUCUGGCGUACCUGCGCACCGAGUGCUACGGCUACGCGCUGGUGGACGCCACGAAGGCCCUGGAGCUGGACAAGAACUACAUCAAGGGCUACUACCGGAGGGCCACCUCCAACAUGGCCCUGGGCAAGUUUAAAGCAGCUCUCAAAGAUUACGAAACGGUAGUUCGAGUUCGUCCCAAUGACAAAGAUGCCAAGAUGAAGUACCAGGAGUGCAAUAAGAUUGUCAAACAGAAGGCGUUUGAGCGGGCCAUCGCCAGCGACGAGCUCAAGAGAUCGGUCGUCGACUCCUUAGACAUCGAGAACAUGACAAUCGAGGAUGACUAUGCUGGACCUAAACUUGAAGAUGGGAAGGUUACACUGAAGUUCAUGAAAGACUUGAUGGCCUGGUUCAAAGACCAGAAGAAACUGCACAGGAAGUGUGCUUACCAGAUACUGGUCCAGGUUAAAGAGGUUUUAUCCAAACUGCCAAGUCUUGUUGAAAUUACAUUGAAAGAGACAGAGAAAAUAACUAUUUGUGGAGACACACAUGGCCAGUACUACGAUCUUCUAAAUAUCUUUGAUUUGAACGGUUUACCGUCUGUAACUAAUCCUUAUCUGUUUAACGGUGACUUUGUGGACCGCGGCUCUUUCUCUGUAGAAGUCAUUCUCACGCUGUUUGGCUUCAAGCUGCUCUAUCCCGAACACUUCCACCUGCUUCGAGGGAACCACGAGACGGAUAACAUGAAUCAGAUGUACGGCUUCGAGGGCGAGGUGAAAGCGAAGUACACCGCCCAGAUGUUCCAGCUCUUCAGUGAAGUCUUCCAGUGGCUUCCUCUCGCUCAGAGCAUCAAUAACAAAGUGCUGGUGAUGCAUGGAGGACUGUUUAGUGAGGACGGCGUGACCUUAGAUGACAUUAGAAAGAUAGACAGGAACAGACAGCCUCCAGACUCUGGUCCGAUGUGUGACCUCCUGUGGUCAGAUCCUCAGCCGCAGGACGGACGGUCCGUCAGCAAGCGCGGUGUGAGCUGUCAGUUUGGGCCUGACGUCACCGAGCGCUUCCUGGACCAGAACAAGCUGCAGUACAUCGUGCGCAGUCACGAGGUGAAAGCCGAGGGUUACGAGGUCACUCACUCAGGGAAGUGCAUCACCGUGUUCUCAGCGCCAAACUACUGUGACCAGAUGGGAAAUAAAGGAGCUUACAUUCAUCUCAGGGGAUCCGACCUCAAGCCAGAGUUCCACCAGUUUAAUGCUGUGCCUCACCCGAAUGUCAAGCCGAUGGCAUACGCCAACUCACUGAUGCAGAUGGGUAUGAUGUAGAGGUCCCUCCGAAUCCACUCUCACAUUCUGCUCCUCUCUGUUUCCCACACACUUUCUUCCUCGUGUACCCACGCACACUUUACAGCACUCAGACCUGUAGAUACAUGGGGAAGAAUCACACUGGUGAUGCCUUGACUUAAAAAAAAAUAAUUAAAAAAGGAACUAGGAAUGUUUUUGGCAAAUUGAUGGAUUGAUUGACCCUCCCCACGCUCUCGUCAUAAAUGUAUCCAUUCCUGUAGAGCUGCAUAGUUUGAAUUGGAUGUUUAGCUCUGUGAUGAAUGAGCUGAAUUGUACCAAAGAAUGGGCAAGUGUGUAUGACGCGUCCCAAACUAAGAGUGUUGAUGAAGAAUUAGAUUCUUGUGGGGACUGGAGACUAAAAACCUGAUCAGCACUUUUACCCAGCAGUGUGUUUGUGCAUAGGGCCUUUAUUUUGACAUUUGACCCCUUUGUAAUCCCGUAUCCUGUUUCAUCUGAUGUACUGUUGGGAGGGAGAACAGUGUGUCAUUCUAAUACUGUAGCAGUGUGCACCAUCUAUCAAAAAACAUAAUAAAAGUCAACUCUCAUAACAGGAAACUCCACCCGGAGCGUCUGUCACGAGGUCAGAGUUUCUGUGAUUAAACAUCACCAAACGAAUUGAGGUACUGUGCUAGCUCCAGUCGUUUUCUUCACAUUAAUGCCUCUCUUUCCCAUCUUUCAGAGUAGAGAGAAGUGCAGUAUUGUGAAGUGUUUGGUGUUCUCCACUCUGUAGGCAGCUCACACACGUUCUUUCUCCCAACACACUCGACCGAAUACACUGGAGAUGCUCUGUAACCCUCGUGUAACCUUCCACUGUCUGUCUAGCAGAUCCUGACUCCAAAUAACAGCAGAAACCUACCUUCCUCUUUAAGCGCACAGCAGCCAUGUCCCAUGCCCUUGACUUUUUAGAGAAUAUCAUAUACACCAAUAUAUAUAUAUAUGUAUGUGUGUCUAUAUGUAUGUGUAUAUAUAUAUAUACACACAUACACACUGUAUAUUGACAUUUCUGUGUACAUGUUUGGAAAAAAGAAGCUAUUGAAUAGAAAGCGGCAGUCCAUUACUGUAGAAUGUGUUGAUACCUCUCUGUGUUCUGUUGGGUGACACGUGGCUCCAGGAGUGACAUCAUCAGCACUGGCUGCAGCUGAUAUCAAAGAAUGUUGCAUUCUGUCGACGAGGACUCGAUGGGAAAACGUGUCAUUUUUUUAAAAAUGUCUCAGUACUGCACAAUAGGCAUCGUGUCUGGCGAAAUAUGUUAUAAAUAAAAGAUUUAACAAAA